UAACCAAGUACAAAUAACAAACAUCUUUUGUCCCCCCAAUAAACAUUGAGAGUUCCUACUUAGUAAUACUAACAUGGCUUUUAAACUCACAAUAUGUUUAUUGAUAUGUCUUAUUGGGAUAGUGUCAGCUACAAAUACAAUUACUUCAGCAACUAAUUAUGUGUCUUCUUAUAUACCUGAUAUUUAUAGUACUACGAUCCUUGCGAAGUGUCCUUUGGCUCUGUAUACCAUUAAGACAGAAAUAAAUAAGGCUGUAAGUAAAGAGAAUCGCAUGGGUGCAUCUUUACUCCGUCUUCAUUUCCAUGACUGCUUUGUCCAAGGGUGUGAUGCAUCAGUAUUGUUAAAGGAUACCCCCAAAUUCAAGGGCGAACAAGGUGCCUUACCCAAUGUGAAUUCUCUGAGGGGUUUUGAUGUGAUUGAGAAUAUCAAAGCCAAAUUAGAGGCAUUGUGCCCAUACACUGUUUCUUGUGCAGAUAUCUUAGCCGUUGCAGCCAGAGAUUCUGUUGUAGCGCUUGGUGGACCUAGUUGGGCAGUUCGGUUGGGAAGAAGAGACUCAACAACUGCAAGUUUUGGUGGUACUUUUGAUUUACCAGCUCCCUUUCAUGAUCUUAAAAACCUUACUAUUACUUUCCAAAAGAAGGGUUUCUCUGUCGAUGAAAUGGUUGCUUUAUCAGGUGCUCACUCAAUAGGCCAAGCAAAAUGCUCCCUCUUCCGAUCAAGAAUUUACAACGAAACCAAUAUUGACGGAAAUUACGCAAAAUCAUUGCAAGCAAUUUGUCCAAAGAAAGGUGGUGAUAGCAACAGUUCUCCUUUGGAUCCAACUCCAAACUUCUUCGACAAUGCUUAUUACAAAAAUUUAGUGUACGAGAAGGGUCUUUUGCAUUCUGAUCAACAACUCUAUAUUAAAGGUGGUUACACUAAUAAAAAAGUUUUAGAUUAUGCUUACAACCCAAAACUCUUCAACCUCGAUUUCGCUAACGCCAUGACUAAGAUGGGAAAUCUCAGUCCUCUAACUGGAAACAAAGGUCAGAUCAGAAAAGUCUGCAGCAGAGUGAAUUGAGUUUGUUGUUCUGACUACUAAAUUCCCAAAUGUGUUAUUUGUUGGUCGAUGAAGAGUUUUCGUUUCGAAAUUUGUGUUAAGUAUCAAGGGAUUCUUUUUCAAGUUUUAAAUAAGUGUGCUUCACGGGUACUUCUGAAGAUGUUACUCAUUUUAGGAGUACUUUUGUCUAAGCACGUUGUGGAGUUCUGAUUCUAAAGUCUCUAGUGUUUGACAAGUAGUGUUUGUCAUCUUAAGUUUACAUUUUUGGGUAUCAAUUAUUGUUUGAUGAAUAUUCCAUGUCAUGUAAUUUGUUUUUGGUAUUUGAGAGUUAUGAAAUUAUUUUAUUAUAUAUUGUAUUCAA